GUCUGAAACAAGUGUGGAGAGAAGAAGAUAUUCAAUACUCAAUACAUAAAUAAUAUCACACAUUCAUCACAUUUUAUAUACAUACAUCACAGGUUAAAGUCCAAUCUUCUGACUGCUUAUUUUGCUCCGGGAUAUGUUGGCUGACCAAUACUGACAUAUUAAGUUUGAAGUAAGAGAAGUGUCAAUAUCAUUCUUACAAGAUGUUUCCUCUUCUGAAAAACUGUGUGUUGGCAAAACAAGGAAUUAAUUAUGGAGAAACUCUUACUCGUUAUUCUGGAAUUUUUAUGAACAAAGCUUAUUCUACAAAAAGCAACAAUGGCUCAAAAAAUAUUGUAUUUGUUGAUGGAGUACGGACUCCAUUUUUACAAUCUGGAACUCAAUACAAGAAUCUUCUGGCAUACGAUCUUGCAAGACAUUCAUUGGUGAGCUUACAACAGAAAAUUGGGUUCCCAAAAGAAAUAAUCGAUUAUAUAGUGUAUGGUACAGUAAUGCAGGAAGUGCGAACUUCUAACAUUGGAAGAGAAGCUGCUCUGGCUGCGGGAUACAGUGAUCAUACUCCUGCGCAUACAGUAACAAUGGCGUGUAUCAGCAGUAACCAGGCUAUCACUACUGGCAUGGGUUUAAUUGCUUGUGGUGUUUACGAUGCAAUUAUAGCGGGUGGAGUCGAAUUUAUGUCUGAUAUUCCAAUCCGCCACAGUCGACGCAUGAGAUCUUUAAUGCUGCAAGCCAACAAGGCCAAAACUUUAGGGAACAGAUUGGCUCUUUUGGCCAAUAUUAGACCAUCUUAUUUCGUACCAGAUCUACCGGCAGUGGCAGAGUUUUCAACUGGUGAAACUAUGGGCCAUAGUGGAGAUCGUUUAGCUGCAGCGUUCGGCGUGACACGCAAGGAUCAAGAUGAUUACGCAUUGCGUUCUCAUACUUUAGCUGCGCGAGCUCAACAACAAGGACAUUUGUCGGAUGUAGCGCCUUAUAAAGUACCGAAUGUUACUGCAGUUGUUGACAAAGACAAUGGUAUUCGCGUAUCUACAGAAGAACAGUUAGCAAAGCUGAAACCUGCAUUCGUUAAACCUUAUGGAACCGUCACUGCAGCCAACGCGUCUUUCUUAACCGACGGUGCAUCUGCGGCUUUAAUAAUGAGUGAGGACAGAGCUCUUCAACUUGGUUUAAAACCCAAGGCAUACUUGCGAAGCUUCAUUUAUGUAUCUCAAGAUCCGGUUGAUCAAUUACUUCUGGGACCAACAUAUGCAAUACCAAAGGUCUUGGAUAAAGCAAAAUUAAAUCUAAAAGAUAUAGGAGUGUGGGAGAUACAUGAAGCAUUCGCCGGACAAAUUUGUGCUAAUUUGAAAGCGUUAGAUUCAGAUUUGUUCGCGCAAAAGUAUUUGAAUAGGAGUUCAAAAGUCGGAAUACCUGAUAUGAAUAAAUGGAAUGCUUGGGGCGGAUCCUUGUCGAUUGGUCAUCCGUUCGCUGCUACGGGAGUACGAUUAGCAACUCAUACUGCUAACCGACUUAUCAAAGAGGAUCAACAAUUCGGACUCAUUGCAGCCUGUGCUGCUGGUGGACAGGGAGUUGGUAUGAUUAUGGAAAGAUAUCCCGGAGCUACAGUUUAAUUUAGGUUUUAGAAUGAAAUUUAUUAAAAAAAAUUUAUAAAGAAAUAUUUUUCUACUGGAGAGAAUAUAUAAAUAAUCAUCUGGUAUUUGUUAUAGAUCUUACAAGAAAAAAUUUUCUAAUAAAUUGUACAAGAUAUUUAAUUAUAAAAUGCAUUACAGCUGUGUGAAAUAUAUUGCUUCUUUCUUGCUACUCGAGAGAGUUAUGUAGAAAAGAAGGCAAUAGAUUCGCAGUUAGAUGAUGCUUCACACCACCA